AGAAGGACACUGGUGGUUUCUGACACCUUGGGGUGGGGUGGGGGUGAAGCCAAGUCACUGUCUCUGGUAGUUUCUUUCUGCACAUCAGUGGUCACAUAUUACACCAGGCUGCAACAUCCACCACACUACAGAGUCUCCACCACCAUGGCCAUCACCGACUUCCUAGCAGCCUCGGACAUCACUUCAGCUAUUAACGCUUGCAAAGAAAAGGAUUCCUUCAGCCCGAAGAUGUUUUUCAAAACAGUGGGUUUAUCCAGGAAAACUCCAUCAGAGAUCGAGAGGGUCUUUAAGAUUUUGGACCAGGACAAAAGCGGCUUCAUAGAACAGGAUGAGUUACAACUGUUCCUGCAGAACUUCUCCAAAGGAGCAAGGCCCCUGACAGCAGCAGAGACCAGAGCAUUCCUGUCAGAGGGAGACUCAGAUGGAGAUGGGAAGAUCGGCUGGGAAGAGUUUGCUGCGCUGGUCAAGUCUUCAUGAAUCAUGCUCAGUCCCUGUGAUUUGUUGUCAGGUGAUUUUCUCAGGAUGGACACCUUUUUAUGAUUCAUAACAUCUUAACUAGCUACAGUAAAGAGCAUGGAAUAAUCCAGGAAUUCAAUCAUGUUAUGCCAUAAGAUAUGUUGUAGUUUUAACAGGGAAUAAUACAGUGAUAACAUUUUAUUUUACUCCCAUGUCAUGUGUCACACUCUGCCUGAAAA